AUGCAAAUUUUAGCUAUAGUUAUCCUCGUCUGCUAUUUUUACACAAAAUAUGUGUUUAUUUAUCCCAAAAAACUGCAGACGGCCGCCCGCUAUGUGCGCAAAAAGCGUCGCACGCUGCGCAAGAUUAUGAACUUUGCGCUGAAUCGUGAGGGCGGUGGCAUCUACAUGAGCCAUACGGCCGGACAAUGGCUAUUCGAUGGGUUUUACGACUCGCUUAUUGACUUUGUUGAGCGUCUGCACUCGCCGCUGUUGCCCAUAUUUAGCGACCAUUUCGGCUGGUUCUAUCAGCGCAACAAUUCGAAGACGGCCGAGGGAAAUUUCACAAUACACACGGGCCGGGGUGAUCUCAGUUGGAUGGGCGAGCUGCAGAUGUGGAAUGGCAGCGUCCAUACGGGCUACUAUGAGGGCGAGUGCGGCAAGGUCAAUGGCAGCACGGGUGAGCUGUGGGCGCCGGGUCGCCAGUGGCACGAGACAAUUUCCAUAUUUUUGCCAGAUGCAGCGCGCUACAUAAAUCUGUACAGCAUGGCGAAUGUCACAGUUCAGGGCAUCGCUGCCUGGCGCUACGAGACCAGCCAGCUGAGCUUCGACAACGGCCAACUGGCGCCGGAUACGAAAUGUUUUUGUGUUGCCAAACACGAAUGUCCACUGAAUGGUGUGCUAGAUUUCUCACCAGUCGCCAAGCGCGGCCCCAUUUACGUAUCGCAUCCGCACUUCUACAUGACCGAUGAGUACUAUAGAAGAAAUACGACGGGCCUACACCCGAAUCCCGCAGAACAUGGCAUGUAUGUGGUAAUGGAACCGACACUGGGCAUACCACUAAGCCUGAAGGGACAAGUUAUGAUCAGUGCGCUAGUGCAGCGUGACGAGGCUAUCGACUUGCUUAAGGAUAUUGCUUAUGAUCACUAUGCUCCGCUCUUUACAAUUCAACUUUACGCCGACCUGACUGAUGAUCUGAUCGGCCUGCUUAAGCUGGGCUUAAGUCUACCCGCCAUUGGUCAAUUUAUAGGUCUGGCUCUGCUGCUCAUUGCCAUCGUCUUGCUAAUCGUAGGCUUUAUUGUGAGUAAGCAGCAUAAAUGGCACAGAGAGUGCGAAAUUGAAGCCAAUGAACCAGUGCCAGCACUUGAGAGCGACGAAGUCGUUGACAGCUGA